CAGCUUCCUCCAUCCUCUACUCAGUUGCAACAACCAUUACCAGCGUCUGGAACUCAUUUGCCUUUGCAACCACCAUUGCCACUGCAACCCAAGCCACCACCAACUUAUCAUCAUCAAUAUGCUCCGCAGAUGGGGGAUAUGGGUUUUCAACACCCUGGUGGCCCUCAGCAUCUUUCACAACCCAUGUUUCAUCCAGGUACAAAACCUACACCUAGCAUUGGGCCUCCAUUUCCACAGGGUCAGCCACCACUUCCAAGUCAGCUGCCACCUCAGUCACUGUACCAGGGAGGAGGCCCUCAUUUAGGAGCAGAGUUUAGCAAUCCAGGUGGAAGUUCCAUGCAAGUAGACAGAGGAUCCUCUUGGAUGUCUGGCCCACCAGAUAGUUCAACAAUACCCAAGCUGCAAGGACCACCACCAGUAGCUCUUGGUCAGAUGGGGUCAGGCAAUCAGCCGCCUCGCCCUGCUUCUUUGACUCCUGAAAUGGAGAAAGCACUGCUUCAGCAGGUUAUGAGCCUCACGCCGGAACAAAUAAAUCUUCUACCUCCGGAGCAGAGGAAUCAAGUGCUUCAGCUGCAGCAAAUUCUGCGCCAAUGAAUGGUACUAGUGCUUUUGGGUAGAUUAGUUGCAUCUGGUGCUUCGCGAUUUUGCAGAUUCUGCAGCUCGGCUGAGGUUGUUAUGGUUACAUUUGUUUGUAAUGGUUUUAUAUUAGCUUGUUGUCAAGGCUCUCAGGAGUAUGUUCAUUCUCUCUCUUAGGUGCUGGUUUAAUUUAAGAUUUUUGAGUUAGCAAAUGCAUAUGGUAGAAGGUUAUAUUCAGUUAUAUCGUUGACAUGGGUGUAUGGUUCUGCAUGUAAACUCCCUGGGGGAUUGAAAAUUUAAGUGUCUCAUUGAAUUAAUAUACAGGUUUCAAAAUUCCGCAGUUUACUUUA